UUCUUUUUCGUUACUUCUACGUCGAUUCGUUUUUUUUGUUCAUGAAACCAUCGAUAAUUCAAAUUGUCAUGUAUCACCAUAAAUAUUACACACGUGGUUCAUUUUUGAACGAAUCGACAUUUACACCAUCGAAUACGGUAUACUUAUAGAUUCGAGGCCUAAACAGAUAUUUCGUGCAGUGAAAUUUUGUGUAACGAACAUUUAUGAUAAUCGGUGAAUUACAUAAUGAAACUGUAAAGCAAAAUAGUGUCGGGAAAGUGAAUAAUUUAAAAAAUAAAUGUAUUCGUAGAUACGUUUAUAUCUAUAGAUGAAUGAAAACUCUAUUGUAUAAUUUUUGAUAUUGAGCAAUGUGAAACAAUAUUCGAGCGCACUCUACUGGAAUGAGACUGUCGGUAAAAAGAUACUUACCGACACGCAGUUUAUUAAAUGUUUGAUACACAGUUGCGCACAAGUCGUACAUAGGCAUGUAUGUAUUUGUGCAUUGAGAAAAUGUGUGCUGUUAACUUUAAAGGGAAUUGACGCACCACAGAAUUGUCAUCAUAGAAUUUUUUACUUGUCACUAUCUGAAUCGUUUUAAACGGAAAAAGACUCGCUUUAAAUUUCAGGAAGACAAGUUUUCGCAAACGACUCUCGGAAACGAAAGAUACCCGCAACAUAAGAGAAUAAGUGGUUGCACGGCAAUACGAGGAGAAAUAAAAACAUUUGAAAGAGGGAUAAAUCGUUUACUGAGCAGUAUGGUUAACCUAGAUUUACCGGAGAUUCCACCGUCCUUGAAAAGCAUACAACAGUAUUUAAAAAUAGCAGCCACUCAUGACCAACGAGAUCUUGUUGUCAGUUAUUGGUGUCGCUUAUACGCGCUUCAGACAGGAUUAAAACUUUCGACUAAAACAGUGAAAGAAACUAAUUUUCUAUUGAAAUUGAUGCAUUGGUUAGAAACAACUAAACAGGAAUCACGAGAGAACGAAGCGAUUACAAACGACGUAGCCGCGCAAGCGCAUUUAGAAAAUUGGGCGCUCAAGCUUUUCCUCUAUGCGGAUAAAAAUGAUAGAGCUGGCAAUUUCAACAAAAGUAUAGUUCAGAGCUUUUAUAUCGUGGGCCUGUUGUACGAUGUUUUGACCGUGUUUGGCGAACUGAGCGAGGAAGCCACGCAAAACAGGAAGUACGCUAGAUGGAAAGCUACGUAUAUUCAUAAUUGUUUAAAGAAUGGUGAAAUACCGAUACCUGGACCCAUAGAAGAUGGUGCAAAACAUAUUGAUUCAGGUGACAAUAGCAUGGAUAAAGACACGGAUGAUGUUUCCGAUUCGGGAAAAGUAGACGAAGGAGAAGCGUUUGUAGAUUCAAACAGGAAGAAUAACGUUCACGACACCGAUUCGUUCGAUAGAACAAACAGUAUGCGCAACGAAGGAGACAUAGGGCAACAGCCUUCCGAGAUGAAAGACGAUUACCGUCCGUCUACGGAAACAGAAGGAGGAGUUGACUUGUCAUUGGACCAAAUGAACAAGGCACAGAAAUUUAUCAAAUGGGCUGGAAGUGCUUUAAAUUACGAUGAUGUACCUACAGCCGUGCUAAACCUUCGAAAAGCUUUGAAUCUGUUGACCGUUGGUAAAGAGGAAGAAUAAACGAAAUGUAGCCAUAGUUUGCGUUAAAAGGAAUAUUCGCUUGGUUACUUUGUUCUUACGUUGACUCUAAUGUAAACACAGAGGUCGAAAACGGAGGUUGUUUUUUUCUCGCCACACGAGUACUCGACGCGCUUAUCCUUAUACAUAAAAAUACAUAAGAAAAAAAGAGACAGAGAAAACGGAAAAGAAAGAAAAAGAGAAAGAGAAAGAGAAAGAGAAAGAGAAAGAAAAAGAAAAAGAAAAAGAAAAGGAUGAAAAACGAAUCGAUGGUUGCAUUGGAAUUUGUUAUCGGUACAGCCGAUUAUCAAAUAUUACAGUAAUGCUAUACAGUACGUAUACGAAUAAAAUUUUCUUUGAACGAUAUUGCAUUGUGGCAAGUGCCAGCGAUAAACUGUUUUCCUCUUAUUUUCGUUGACGCGAGAUAAAGGGAUGGAAAAUGUGACGAAUAGCAGUAAAACCGAAGAGAACAUCGAUCGUAGGCUAGUUUUUCUUUGUUUAUACGAUUUUCGCGUAUUUAUACAAUACAUCGAAUCGUUCGACCUCGCAUCUUCGUAUUCUAUACAAGCAUUUUGAAAUCGAUAAACAAAGCUAAGUACGUAUUCAAUGCACGUGUGUUUGUACGACGAGUGUGCGUGUUUACGUGUGCAGUACGUGUAUAUGUAUAUAUGUACGCGUACCUACACAUAUACAUGUAUGAUUACGAUUACGAAUUAUACGCGCGGUGGCGUAAGUAUCAUUGUUUGUUUGCAUUGAAAAUCUGUUGCGGUGGUGUUGUUACGCGGUGAAGAAUAUUUGUCGAUAAGUUUUGCGAGCGGACACCGUGUCGCGGUGAAUUUGAUUUCUCUGCACUUUCUUUCGUUUCGUUCGAUAUCUUUGAAUAUUGGAAAUUUAGCUAUCUCGCUCGAAAGACACGCUCGACCGUAUAGUGCGAACGAACAUCGGUGGAUGGAUGAUACGAGGCAAGUAAACACGAUUAUUCCUACUGGUUCUUCUUUUUGAUUGAUAUAUUUAACAAUCUCCGUCUAGAUUAAGGACAUGCUUAAAAAGAAAAGACGAGGAAAUAAAUAGAGUGCACUGUGAAA